ACUGCUUGCUCAUGCUGGUGUACAAGGAUAAAUCUGAACGAGCGAAAGGGCACAAGGAGAGGAGCAGCGUGACCUUAGAAGACAUCUGUGGCUUGGAUCCUGGGCUCUCCUAUGAGGGCUUGAAUCACACACUUGCAAUCAUCUGUCUCUCCCAAGUUGUGAUGCUGGGAUUUGAGAACAAGGAAACAAUGUAUGCGUGGGAUGUGCGAAUCCGCUACAGUUUGGGGGAAGUUCAUAGAUUUCAAGUUUUUGUAGCACCUGGCACUAAACUAGAGAGUGGGCCUGCUACCCUGCAUUUCUGCAAUGACAUUCUCGUCCUUGUAAAAGACCUUCCUCCUAGUGUCAUGGGGCAAUGGAAGCUCUCAGAUCUGCGUCGAUAUGGAGCUGUCCCAAAUGGAUUCAUCUUUGAAGGAGGUACCAGGUGCGGCUUCUGGGCUGGUGUUUUUUUCCUUUCUUGUGCUGAAGGAGAGCAGAUCAGCUUUCUGUUCGACUGUAUCGUCCGUGGCAUCUCCCCGACGAAAGGCCCUUUUGGUUUGCGUCCAGUCCUACCAG